UCACCACGCUUCCUUCGUUCAUCAUCGCGUUCCUUUACAUUUCCUCACUUUGAUUGUCGUGCCCUCUUUCUACGUUACCGGUCCCCAUUAGGAUUUCUGAUUCGCUUCUUCACGCGUUUUCCCAUCAAAUCCCCCAAAUUUAGGAAGAGGAAAUGUCGGCGAACGCAGGAGGACGCGCCGCAAUUCCCAACGCCACCGGCGGUACGGGAAGGAACGGUCUGGCUAAGAUUCAGACGAACAAAAAAGCGGAUGGAAUUUGUCACGACGACAGCACGCCGCCGGUGAAGGCUCAGACGAUUGACGAGCUUCAUUCUCUCCAGAAGAAGAAAUCAGCGCCGACGACUCCGCUCGACGGGAUCCAAAGUCCGUUCGCUCAGCUGGCAGAGGACGACCGCAGGAAGCAACAACUUCAGUCCAUCAGUGCAUCAUUGGCAUCGUAUACAAGAGAGAUCGGGCCUAGGGUGGUGAGAGGGGACCCAGCCAGGUCAUCAGAGACCCCUCGACACGUGAGCCAUCAUGAGAUCACCCCCACCAUUAGUGUCAGCGACAGUUCUUUGAAAUUCACUCAUGUCCUCUACAAUUUGUCCCCUGCUGAGCUGUAUGAGCAGGCCAUAAAGUAUGAAAAGGGUUCUUUCAUUACAUCCACUGGAGCAUUGGCAACUCUUUCGGGGGCCAAGACUGGUCGUUCCCCCAAGGACAAACGUGUUGUAAGGGAUGAGACCACUGAGGGUGAACUUUGGUGGGGAAAGGGCUCGCCGAACAUUGAGAUGGAUGAGCACACUUUCAUGGUUAACAGAGAAAGAGCUGUGGAUUACUUGAAUUCGUUGGAUAAGGUGUUUGUCAACGAUCAAUUCCUGAACUGGGAUCCCGAGAAUCGCAUCAAAGUCCGCAUAGUCUCAGCCCGGGCUUAUCAUUCCCUGUUCAUGCACAACAUGUGUAUCCGACCCACUCCCGAAGAGCUGGAGAACUUUGGUACUCCGGACUUCACUAUAUACAAUGCCGGACAGUUCCCAUGUAAUCGUUACACACACUACAUGACAUCUUCUACUAGCAUAGAUUUAAACCUCGCUAGAAGGGAAAUGGUCAUCCUCGGCACUCAGUACGCCGGGGAGAUGAAGAAAGGCCUAUUCAGUGUAAUGCACUAUCUCAUGCCCAAGCGCGGAAUCCUCUCCCUUCAUUCCGGCUGCAAUAUGGGCAAAGAUGGAGAUGUUGCUCUCUUCUUUGGCUUGUCAGGUACUGGGAAGACUACCUUGUCCACUGAUCACAAUCGGUACCUAAUUGGAGAUGACGAGCACUGUUGGGGUGAUAACGGCGUGUCGAACAUUGAAGGAGGCUGCUAUGCAAAGUGUAUCGAUCUCUCGCGCGAGAAGGAGCCCGAUAUUUUUAAUGCAAUAAAGUUCGGGACAGUAUUGGAAAAUGUGGUCUUCGACGAGCACACUAGGGAAGUCGACUACAGCGAGAAAUCCGUAACGGAGAAUACCCGCGCGGCGUAUCCCAUCGAAUACAUCCCGAACGCCAAAAUACCCUGCGUUGCACCUCAGCCUAAAAAUGUGAUCUUGUUGGCUUGCGACGCAUUCGGCGUGCUACCGCCCGUGAGCAAGCUUAAUCUGGCGCAGACCAUGUACCAUUUCAUCAGUGGCUACACUGCCCUGGUCGCCGGAACUGAAGACGGAAUCAAGGAGCCAACGGCAACAUUCUCCGCAUGCUUUGGGGCAGCCUUCAUAAUGCUGCACCCGACAAAGUACGCAGCCAUGUUGGCUUCAAAGAUGGAGGAACACGGAGCCACUGGGUGGCUCGUCAACACUGGCUGGUCCGGCGGAAGCUACGGUUCGGGAAGCCGUAUCAAAUUGGCGUACACUCGUAAAAUAAUCGAUGCCAUACACUCGGGCAGCCUUCUGAAGGCGAAGUACACGAAGACGGAGGUGUUCGGGCUAGAGAUCCCGAGCGAGGUGGAAGGGGUGCCUUCGAGCAUCUUGGAUCCGAUCAACACGUGGUCGGACAAGAAGGGGUACAAGAACACAUUGAUCAAGCUUGGUGGGCUGUUCAAGAACAACUUUGAAGUGUUUGUGAGCCACAAGAUUGGGAAAGAUGGGAAGCUCACUGAUGAGAUUCUUGCUGCUGGCCCUCGUCUCUGAAUCUCAUUCUCAAUCUGAAUCGGUAGUUUUACUUUCCUAUGUUAUUAUGCUUGCUCUGUUGUGUUGUAUUUUUAUUUUUUUUUGUUUCAUCAGCAGCAGAUGUUAUUCAGACUUAUUUAAGUUUGAUGCUUAAUGACUAUAUACAUAUAUAUAUAUAUAUGUUUUCGAA